CACUUAGCCAUAAGUGUGUAUGUGUUUAAGCUUGAUUUUAAUAAAUACCUUUAUUUUAUUUAGUGUGUGUGUGUGUGUGUGUGUGUCUGUAUGUGUGUGUGUGUGUGUGUGUGUGUGUGUGUGUGUGUGUGUGUGUGUGUGCAUGGAAACUUGCAAGGAUUCUGAAGUUCCUGUGUGAAACCUAGUCAGAGAGGAAAAUGUUCCAUUACUGAUAACACACACACACACACACACACACACACACACACACACACACUCAGGCAGCUUGCUACAGUAUGAUCUUCAUCACGACUGCUGUGUUUGUGUGUUUGUGUUGGAGUGUGAGGGCGGGGCUAGUGCCCACCGUCCCAGACCACGUGUUUGCUGUGCAGGGCUCAUGUGCUCUGAUCUCCUGCUCAUUUCCAUCUGUGAAUGGUUCUGGUGUGGGCGUGGCCGUGCGGCUGAGGUACCGCCCCUCCAACCUGUGGACACGCCGUCAAACGGCCUUCAGCAGCGACGGGGCAGACCAGACCGAGAGCAAAUUCAAAGGGCGCAUUACCCUGAGUGGAGAUCUUAGCAUGGGAAACUGCUCCCUCACCAUCAAUGACAUCAGCACCAGCGACCCGGACACGUACGAGCUUGAGUUGAGGGAGCGCCGAGGGUCAUGGGGCAGAGCCACACGCAUCCACGUUUCUGUCACACGUGUCCCCGAGCCGCCGGCAUUGAGUGUCCCCUCCACGGUGGUGCUGGGGCAAACAGUGAUCCUGAACUGCUCAGUGAGAAUCAACUGCCCCUUGGCGCCCCCCCGCCUGCUCUGGGAGUGGGAGAGGGGGGGUGCAGAGGGGGCAGGAGAGGUCAGAGGAACGGAGAGGGUGCAGACUGAAGGUGGCUUGUCCUCAUUCAUCUCGUCUCUGUCCUUCACACCGUCUGAGCUGGUGAAGCCACGGAUCAGGUGUGACGCCCAUCACCAUGGUAACAGGAGGAGCAGUAGCUUCGCUGACAUAAACAUCCAAUUCCCCCCCAUGGAUGUGUCAGUGGAGGUCCACACGGUGCAGGUGAGGGAGGGGGGCAGUGUUCAGCUAGUGUGUGUGUGUAAAGCUGAUCCCCCUGUCAUCGAGUACCAGUGGUCUUACACACACUUGAGCAGUGUGUUGCCCCUCCACCAUCACACACACUCCAUUCGCUUACACAAUGUCACACGACACACACGUGUGCAGUGCACUGCCCGCAACGCCCUGGGACACGCAACAUCUCCGUACACUCAUCUCAAUGUGCAGUAUGCCCCUAUGAUUGUAGAGAAUGCAUCUGUGUGUGUGUGGGAUGCUCAGGUGCAGGAGUGUGUGUGUGUGGUGCACUCAAACCCACGUCCCCUCAUCACCUGGAGUGUAAAUGGCAGCGUUCCACCCCCCAGCUUCAACGUCACGUCCUCACACACACACCACACACUGCAGGAGACGCUGCGGGGACACACACACACCCCGCUAUCCAUCACCUGCUAUGCCUUCAACCAUCUUGGCAACGACACACACACACUGUGGCUUCAGAGAGGGGAAGGCAGUCUCAUGCAGCAUCUGAUGUCUGUGGGAUUCAGUGUUUUGCUCCUCAUCCUCCUCUUCAUCGCAGCCCCUCUGUUUGUGUGUUUGUGCCGCCGCAGAACUGGAAGAAGGAGGCGGGGGAUGGGCUGUGCCUCAGGUGUUUACCCCAGAGCUGUGAGUGUGUAUCAGGAGCGCACACCUCUGUACAUCAACUGCUCUGAGGUCACACACAUCUACACCAACGGGAGCUACCAACUCAUCUACCAGAACUGUACACCCUGUUUCAUCCGUACAACACAGACUCAUAAGAGACAGAGGAGAGGAGCCAGACGAGAGAGAGAUAGACAGAUUCCUGCAGGACAAAAGGAGAGAGAGAGACAGACGCCUGCCAGUCAGAUGGAGAGAGAGAGACAGCUGUCAAUCACUGCUGACUCUGACUCUGCCAUCUAUGUGGAAGUGAUCUGAUCUCCAUUUCUGUCCUGAAAUCGACUUCCAGAACCACUCUGAUAUCAUCUAAAGUACAUAGUGCACAUUGGCAGAUGGACUCAACCAAGGGAAGUGUUAAAACAGAACUGAAGUGACAUUUAAUGUAGGCAUAAUUAAUGCUAUAAGUACUAAUCCACCACAACACAAACCCCACCCUCACACAAACCCCACCCUCACACUAACCCCAGCCUCACAUAAACCCCACCCUCACACUAAUUCCACCCCAACACAAACCCCACCCUCACACUAAACCCACCCUCACACUCACCCCACUGUUAUAAAAGCUUUAUAACUCAUUAGCUCAUUAUUAAACAUUAAUAUAGCAUGUAUUAUCAUUUAUUAUAUUUUUCUAAUAUAUUUGAAUAUUUGGUUCUUAUGAAAGUAAAACCUUCACAACCUGAA